AUGACCGCGAUUUCGCUACAAAGUUCAUCUUAUCAGUCUCCCCGGCAGCAGCAGCAGCAGCUGCCCGCUAGCAGAAAAGUAGUACGGCUGGCAGGCUGUGCUGAAAUGGACUCGUUUUCCGUCGAUGACUUCGUGUUGAGGAGAUACUUUCACGGCUGGCAGGCUCUGUUCAACCCGGACAUCGUCGACACGUUCCUGUACAACCCCAUCUCUCGCCGCCGCAUAAAGCUUCCACCGAUUGAGCAAGAUAGACCUGCCGCCAAGGAGUGGAUUCCACUCGGUGAGAAGGAUAUGCUCCUGUUGUGGGACGAGGUGGCCGGCCGCCGGUGGAGCGGGCAUCUGAACUCGUGGAACCUGUGGGACCCACUUUACCCGGAGAAGAGGGAGCUGGCUGAGCUGGACAGCGGCAGGCAUGAUCAUUCAUUCAAUAAAUUCAAGUUUUAUGAUGGGCGGAUUGACCGUCAGCCGGAUGAUCUGCCGGCGGAGCAUCUGGUGGUGGUUGGCCGGGACGUGCCUGUGGUGACUCAGCACGCUGGUGGUGGUGGAUUUGACGUGCAUAGGUAUGAUCCGGAGGAAGAAGAAGGUGGAUUUAAGAGUUCGGGCCUUGAUGGUUGGGCCCUAUUCAUAGGCUUUCAGAGUAAUGCUUUUGCUUUGCCUGUGGCAAACUUUCCUGGGCUCAAGUCUAAUUCAAUUUACUUCACUGAUAACAUCUCUCAAGAUAACAGCACUGAAGUUGUUCACAUUUUCAAUUAUGAAGACAAGACCGUGUCGCGGAGCUAUUAUCCAUCUAAUUUUGAGAACCUUGAAAGGAUUUUGAAAUAA